AUGUGUCAAAAUCACGAAAACUUCAAGUUAGAGAUUUUCUGCAAGGGUUGCUCAACACCCGUGUGUCCCAACUGUGCCCUUGUCUCCCAUAAAGAUCACGAUAUCUGUAAUCUGACAGAUGUUUAUAAUAAGAAAAAAGACUUCAUCAGAGCUGGUUUGAAAGAUUUACAGGUAUCAGAAGAAAAAUUCAAGACAUUUGCAGAACGCUUAGCAGUAGAUAAUCAAACAGUAGCUGCGACAGAACAAACUAGUUUGAACAGUAUCGAUGACAAGAGUAACAAAAUCACUGAUAAAGUUAAGGACAUAGCAACACAGCUAAAAGAAGAUAUUAUUUCAAAGGCAACCAAACACAAAGCUCAGAGAAAUGAGCAGAUUCAAUUGAUUACACAGUCGGUAGGUGUAAAGGCGGAGCAUGUUCUGCAUUGCCAGCAGGCUCUGCAGUUUGCUCGACAGGUGGAAUUCAUUGAAAUGUCUGAGGGUCUUUACAACGAAACGAAGAAUGUGAUGAAAACACCAGAACUACCUGAACUGGAGAUCGAGGAAAUUAGCGCGGAUCUAACAAUAUUUGAACAGCUUGAUAACAUCUUACAGGAAACUGAAAUUCUGGAUGACAAGUCAGAAGUAAGACCAUGUAUUGAACUGAUGGAUGCAACCAUAGGAGAAAACUCAACCGUCUUAACAGUCACUUUGUUUGCAACAGAAAAUACAAAAGAAAACAACCCAAUAGUGAUACAAGCAUCCAUCCAACCUCUUGAAGAACAGGAACAAAAUGAACAAAGAUUGAAGACUGUUGCGUUUACUGCUGGAAGUCUCCAGUACAAACCUGACACCAAUGGACCUCACAAAAUGUCCAUCAGUAUCAAUGGCCGACAACUGUGUGACGACAGAUUUGACUUUCACAGCAGAGAACAGGGUAAUUAUUAG